AUGCAGUUCUGUGGUACGGCCCGCAACCAAAAAGCUGAAGUUAUUGGAAUGAAUCAAGAUAAUAGACAAAAUGCUGUGUUAUUCAUUGGAAAUAGAGCGAAUGACGUUGCAAUUAUUCUGGCAGCUAUUGACGGGGUUGAGACUUGCGGAAGAGAGGGUCUGCAAACCGCAGCGGCCAGUGAUUUCAAUAGAGGAAAGUUUCAGUUCCGCCAAAAAUUAGAACAGCAAUGUAGUAUUGUAUACCAACAAUACUACAUUGUUGCUCCAAUGCCAUAUCAAGAAGUGGUGGACGCACAGGCGGAUGGUUAA